AUGUUUGUCGAGCAAGGACAUGACGAGUUGACUGUGACUUUCUAUCCCCCUCUGCACUUGCAAAGAAGAGCGUGGGUGCUCGACGUUCUCCGAAGGGAGAGAGUGCACAUGGUUCUGGACGUUGGCUGCGGUGAAGGCGAACUAAUCUCUUGUCUAUGCAAUCCUGCACCGUGGCUGCCACCGCCGUCUCUUACGGUUCCUGAUUCUCUUUCUACAUCUGGAAUCCCUGGCGAUAUCCUCUCGCUACCACUUACCGACAUAAACCUGCACCCAGCGAAGGUCGUGGGGCUUGAUAUCUCUGCAGCUGAUCUCAAAUAUGCUGUGGAAAGUACAGCACCAGAAUCAUCCUCUGGCGAGGACUGUUGGACGGGCACCUUGCGUUGGGAACCUCUCGAAGUCAAAAUCUGGGAAGGCGACCUGCAAUCGAUCAAUCCUGAAUUCGUCAAUGUGGAGUGCAUCGUCUCCACGGAGGUUAUCGAACAUUUGCCAGAGGGUGUGCUGCAGAACUUUGCCCCAAUCAUGCUCGGCGUGUAUCAUCCACGGCUUCUCCUGAUCACCUCGCCAUCUUAUACCUUCAAUGCACGCUUUACUCGUCCAAAUGCACCCAAGGAAGCACGAAACGGCUACCCCGAUCCCACAGGCAGAACAACGCGUAUAUUCCGCCACCACGAUCAUAAAUUCGAGUGGACAGUACAAGAGUUUACCGAAUGGUGCAAUCAGAUCGCCGAUGAGUGGGGAUACGAGGCACAAAUUGGCGGCGUUGGAAAGGCUCGUGAGAAUGAUGAAUGGGGCCGUGACGAUGAGCUAGGUUGGGCCAGUCAAGUGGCUGCAUUUCGGAGACGGGAAGGAGACGUCUAUGAAGAUAAGCGCAACAAGGCUGUCGAGAGGAUGUCCAACCCAGAAGCACGAACCGAGCUGAAACUGCUGGCGACGCAUCACCAUCACGCACAUGAGAAGGCUGGACAGCCAGCGUUGCUGGAUGAAAUCCGCCGUCUACUUGCUUCCGAGGUUAAGCAAAGCAUGCAUCCUAGCUUCAGGUUGGGAGAGCUAUGGUAUAAAGCAUCUAUCGCGAAAGCGUGCGGAGGCUGGCUGGAGGUCUUGCUUGCAGUGAUUCGGCAAGAACCGGCGCUACACCUACGUAGAAUGGAUUCCUCAACAGUUUUAGAUUGGCAGAUAGAGUUGGAAGACUGGUCGCCGCCCGGAGUCCCUUUCUGGGGGCAGGAAACUCAGUACGAAGGGCAAGAUGGAAGCAGUAUCUCAUCUGAUGAGCAGGGCGGUGAGGCUGCAGUUCCUGGCGAUGCGGCUGGAUUGGGAGAGGCACAGCCGUUUGGAAACGAUCCUUGGAACAACUUACUAAGUCAUGAAGCGGAAGUUGGGAACAAUGCAUGGGUGCUCGCAGAGGUGGACGAGCAAUGUGGCUGGCAAGACGUGGUUAGCAGCUGGGGUGGACAAGUGGUCCAAGGAUGA